UCUCCAAGGCUACGACCAAGUAUCGGGCACACUCGCUGACUCACGGCACAUUGAACAAGAUAGAACGACUCUACGACUACAUUUCUGAUGGACGAGUGCUACAAAGAUGACGCGAAAGCCGCGCAAACGGCCACACAAUCCACUCACCGUCUGGUCUACCGCGGCGCGCUCUCGCUCCCCGACUCGCACAUGCUUCUCGACGGACUCAGCUUCACAGCCUCUGUCGGCGCAUCUGCUCUUGCGGCCUCGAAGCUCAACGAUGCCAACUUCGACUUGUUCAAUCAUCCCCUCGCACUCGCACUCGAGAGUAUGCGUGGCAGACCUAGUCUCCACCUUGUCGGUGCCGUGGAGAUGAGCAAGCUAUGGGUGGAUGAGAAGAGCUCUGGGGUGGUGCAACUUGACAUACAUCCGAAGGCAACACUUAGUCGGCUGUACUUCGAGAACGUUUUCUGUCUAGAACCUAUCACCUCCUCCUCGGGGCGAAGUGACUACGGGGUGCGCAUCAGCUUGAGUGACAGCGGUGACUCCAAUGCGGAGGACAUCCUCGUCUACGCCCAGCUUGAACCUAACGCUUCCGAUGUCUUCGAUGGCCCUCUCACACCUCCUUCAACAUCCAACGACCCUCCGCAACCCAUCCGCCUCCUCGCCGCGCACAUCCUCCCUGGCCCGCCGCCGCCGCCUGUAACUUCGCGCCCCCGGCCGGAUGACCCCACUCCCCGUAUGCCUACAUUACCGACACCCGCGUCCGCGAAACGCAAGCGGGACGCGUCCCCCAACAUGCGCGACAGGAAGUCCAAGUCGGCCACAGGGAUGGACAAGGGUGGUCCAGACGCCGAGGCAUUACGCAGGGCGCGCGAGACGAUGCUUCGCUUGCCCAAAGCUACAUCCGCCCCCGCAGUGCCGAAGGCACCCAGUGUGAAGGAGGGAAAACAGGUCCAGUUCAAGGUGCCUAGCCUACCCCCACGGGCUUGCUCGACUUUAACCGCGAAGACACGUCAAGCGAGCGUGGACGGGGACGCGGGUGAGAGUCCUGUGGACGCCUUCGGCCCAGCCAAUCUUGCAAGUGGGGAAUUUGUAACAUUAUCUGCGGACCAGAAGGAGAAGACGAACAAAACGGUCGUGAAACAGGCAGUCGUACGCUGUCUUUCGGAUCAUACGAUCACGAAACAGCAUCCCGAGUUCCACGACAUUUUCCAAUACAUCUACAGAGGAACGUGCUUUGCUUUGAGGACCCAGAUGCGCAGUACACCGGUCGAUCUCUGGAGCGUAUACAAGCUUGUGGAUGCACACGCGAAGAUGUAUGUUCCUGGUGCGGAGCGUGGACCCUGAUGACAGGCUGCGAGGCGAGUACGUUCUUGUUAGCUAUGAGACUGAUAGACCAUGUCACUCACUAUACGGACCUCACGGCAAUGCACACUCAAUGUACGCUACCUUCCUACGCAUUUGCAGAUACGCAAGAUUUUGUACUACGUUCUAUCUCGAUUCUUUUAAUCACGCCGGGGAGUUCAUCCAAGACUGCGGUUGGACAACAUGUCGGAC